AUGGGCGACUCCGAUGUCUUUAUUCCGGGACUCCACAAGCCUUCCUCUCUGCUGCCCAUCGCCCGCCAUCGCGAUGCCUUGCUCUACGCCGUCGAAGAGCACCAAGUCACCGUCCUGAUCGGUCAGACGGGGAGCGGCAAAACCACCCAACUACCGCAAUAUCUCGAUCAAGCCGGAUGGUGUUCAGAUGGCAAGCUCAUCGCUGUCGCGCAAGCAUAUGAGAUGGGUUGUCCGCUCGGUCAGGCCGUUGGCUAUAGCAUUCGAUUCGAAGAUGUCACCUCGGAAACCACUCGUAUCAAAUUCCUCACGGAUGGUCUCCUAUUGAGAGAGGCCCUGGUCGAUCCUCUACUGUCCCGCUACGCCGUCAUCAUGGUUGACGAAGCGCAUGAGCGGAGUCUCAGUUCCGAUGUGCUGCUGGGAGUGCUGAAAAAGGUCUUGAAAAGGAGAUCUGACUUGAAAAUCAUCGUUAGCUCUGCCACGUUGCAUGCCCAACGUUUUCUGGACUUCUUCGGUGGCGCUGCAAUACUGGGAAAUGAAGAGAACAAGUCUCCCAACACCUGCAUUGUCAGCAUUGAGGGCAGAGCUCAUCCGGUGGAUAUCCAUUAUCUGGCUCAACCGUGCGAGCAGUAUCUCGAGCGCGCUGCGAGUCUCGUCUUCGACAUUCACUCGAGCGAGCCCGAUGGAGAUGUGUUGAUCUUUCUCACGGGGCGAGAUGAGAUUGAAAAGGUCAUCGAGAUCAUCGCUGAUCGUUUGCCAUCUUUACCCGCUGGCUCGCAAGGCAUUCUCCCCCUGCCGCUGUACGCCGGGUUGAGCACAGAGCAACAGAUGUAUGUGUUCGAGCCCGCGCCAGAGAACACGCGCAAAGUCAUUUGCGCAACAAACAUUGCAGAGGCCAGCGUGACUAUCGACGGCAUCGUGUACGUGAUUGAUUGUGGAUUUGUCAAAUUACGAGCCUACAAUCCCACCACUGGCAUCGAGACUCUCGCCACCACACCAGUGUCCCGAGCUUCAGCUACACAGCGAGCAGGCCGCGCAGGGCGUACCAAACCCGGUAAAUGCUACCGUUUGUACACGGAGAACGACUUCCAUUCCCUCGAGGAAGCGACCAUUCCCGAGAUCCAGCGCUCCAAUCUCGCUCCAAUGAUUCUCCAGCUCAAAGCUUUAGGAAUCGACAACAUUGCCCGCUUCGACUUCCUCACUCCACCUCCAGCAGAGCUAAUCAUCCGCGCCCUCGAACUCCUCUUCUCUCUCGGAGCACUAGACGACUACGCCAAACUCACCACCCCGUUAGGAACUCGCAUGGCAGACCUCGCCCUCGAACCCAUGCUCGCCAAAUGUCUCCUGAGCGCACCCUCAUUCGGCUGCUUAUCCGAAAUGCUCACCAUCGCAGCCAUGGUCAGUUUACAAGGCAAAAUCUGGUUCAGCACGCACGAAAAAACCUCCUCCGAAAAGACGGCACGAAGGAAAUUCGCCGUCGAAGAAGGCGAUCAUUUGACCCUCUUGAACGUCUAUCACGCCUUCAUCACCAAGGGGAAAAAAGAAUCUCGUUGGUGUCAACAACAUGCUUUGAAUUUCCAAUCCAUGAUUCGCGCCGUGAGCAUUCGGAAUCAAUUGAGACGUUAUCUCGAACGCUUGGGAAUCGACGUCAGCGAAUCCUUGAGCAGUAGCAACAACAACAACAGCGGCAGCGGUAAUAAUCAUCAUGAUGGGUCAUCAUCCACCAACAAAGCGUCUUCCAUCAUGCGCUGUCUCACCAGUGGAUAUUUCGCACAUGCAGCACGAAUGGCGCCCGACGGCACAUUCCGAACGAUCAGUAGUGGAGGUGGACAAGGAGAAGGAGGAGGAGGAGUAAUACUCCACGCCCAUCCAUCCAGUCUCAUGUUCCAUCGCAAAGCCGAUUUUGUGAUUUUUAGCGAAGUCAUGGAGACGGGCGAGAAAAUUUUCAUUCGCGACGUGUCCAAGAUUGAAAAGGGGUGGUUGUUGGAAUAUGCGCCCGAGUACUAUCGAGUCAAAGAGGUGAAAAAGGGAUGAAUCAAUCAAUCAUCAGAGGGAAAUGGCUAUAUAUGUAAAAAAAAAGUGCUGAAGGGUGAUUAAAAAAAAAGGCAAAAGCCUUCGCUGCUGAUUUGAUUGGGGGGGUAUCAUAUUACACAAUCGACAUGUCCAAAAAUCGCGCCAACGCUCUUCUGCGCAGAGCGACAUGGAUGAUCAAAGUCGUCCUUUAUCGUGAUGCUGCCAUGCUAGUGCCAUCUCCUCCAGCACAUUCGCCAUAAUCAGAGGACUUGCCAUGAGCCCAUGGCCUUCUCCUUCCAAUAUGCGUACUUCACAGCCACCUUUUGCAGCAGAAGAAGCCCAGCUCUCUCGACUUCCUUCUCUGCCAUUCCCGGACUCAAAACCAGGUCCCUGUGCUCUUCUAUUCAUCUGCUCUGCGAGCCACUUGACGUUUGCGACCGGCACUCGCUUGUCCUCGGAACCAUGAGUGAUGACCACUUCACGUCCUACGUCGGUGUAGCGGAAUCCCACGUCACGGUUGCGCUCGAGACAUACGAGGAGAUCUGUCGCGGGGUUACUAUCCCUCGUCGCCAUGUCCCACGUUGCCUGUGUCAGUCGACUGGUAUAUUCGACUUGACGUUCCUUUUCUGCAUGCUCCGCAGCAUGCAGACCGAUCGAAGCGUAUGCAAAACUGGGGUCCAUGGGUGUCGAUGUUGCAGUCAGUGUUAACGAGCCUCGUCUACGUCGCUCUUCAUCCUCCUCUUCCUCUUUGACCGGAAUCGGGAAAUUGUCCACGGGAUUAGUAGACGGCAUGAACUGGUCCAUCAACAUGAGAGAUUCACGUCUAUUGUACUCUGGCCGAUCUCGCGACGGAGGUCUGUCUGCAACGGCAUCAUCGGGAAGGACUUGACGUCUCGGCGAUGAUCUGUUGGCAUUGCUCUUCAUGGUGCGCUUGUUGGCAGGUUUCAGCGACGCUGAAGUGGCCGUCAUGAAUGACGAGUUUGCUGCCUUCAAGAAAGGCGUUGGUAGCACUCGAAGAAUGCGCUGACUUCGUGGUAGCGGGUUAGAGGGUGGCGCUGAUGCAGUGGGGUGCGAAAUAGCCUCCAAUUGACUCGGAGGUACCCACGGCGCAAGCAGAUGGACUUUUCCUCGUACCAGGUGCGGAAGAAUCAGAGCUGUCGCGAGUGCAUAUAUGGCUCCAGCAGAGUGGGCAAGGAUGCUGAACUUCACGAUCCCCAAAUGCUGGCAUAUGGUAAGCACGUCUUCCGGCCAAUUGAGCGGUCCACUUUUGUCAGAGGGCGGGUAUGGCUCGCUGCCACCCACGCCAGGCCGAUCAAGCGUGAUCAGGCGCAGCCGCAGAGUCGUGGCCAGCUCAUCAUAAAACGCAGUGACAUAUCUAGUCAACCCCAUGCCUACACACACGAAGACCGCAGCACCAUUGGGAUCGCCCACCUCGGAGUACGCAAUGGUACGACCAUUCAAGUGGUUCUUGACCUUCCUGUUGAGGCGUGGGGCCUGUAGAUAUUGCGAAACGGCCUCUUCGAUGCUGUCGCGUCGCGCCAACGCCAGCUCCUUCUCCUCCGCAUUGGUCAGACGAGCAUCGCUCAUCGACUUUCUUCGGUGUCUUCUCUUCUCGAAAGCCAGUGGAAGAUCCGGAUGAUUGCCAGUCCACUUGUCUUCUGACUUACGUUUUGGUUUUUUCACCUUCUGCUUCCCUGAAUGUAGCUCCAUGGUCGGCGUUUGUGUCGUUGGACUAUCAAAUCCGACAGCUUUGACUGCCAGUGGUGUUUCCGACCAAUCUUGCGUUUGUCGCUCGGCCUCUGGACUCUGAUCCUGGUCGUGCUUCUGGAACAAGUUCAUUGCUUUGACAUAGGAGUAGUCCAAAUUGAGCCGCUGCGAUCGACGACUGUCCACAGACAUAGCAGUAGUCGGUCUGUGAUGUGCUGAGGAAGGUCGCUUGAUGUCUAGGGAGAACUUUGGUCUGGGAUUGACAUCGAUAGAUCCCACAGCACUUCUGGUGCCAUAAUCAACGUCGCUCCGCCUCGAUUUGUAGUGUUCACUGUCCAAGCCCAGAGUUUUAUGUGCUUUAGCAGGUGUGUUCUGUCGAUUGAGCGAUGCCCGUGUCUGAGACGUUGCAUCUUCGGCAAGGGGAAUUGAGAGAUCACUGGCAUUGUCUCGCUGAGGCAUAGGGUUGGUUUCCAGCCCUGUCAUUACAGGAUCCACAACCUUUUCCUGCAAACGAGAUUUCCGCUGUUCUCUGAGUUCUCGGAUCCGUUUCACCGUAUCAUCAUCGUCCCCCAAAUCUGCCCAGCUCGACUCUGGUAUCGGCGAGGAUGGCCGGUAAGCCGUCGCCUCAGUUUUGCCAGAAGAUUUGGCGAAAGGGUUGUGUUUUUUGGAUUUCUUCUGCUUCUUCUUUCGUGCCGGGGUGCCAGUAUGCAGAGAAGAAGUUCGGGUUGGAAUUGAGUCAGAAAUGGGACUCGGUGUUUUGCGGGGGAUUUCAGACACGGAUAGUCGCUGAUCUGAUGCCUUGCUCUCGCUUUUGGCGCUGCGCCCGUCAAAGGAAUUAGACGUCGUGAGCUGCGGAGAUGCGAUCGCCGACUGGUUCUCAGGCGUCGUGGUGGUGGUGGCAUCUGACAAGUAGAGCCUGCCCUUGACAGGAGACACCUGCGACGGCGCUUGGGGAAUGAUAUGCUCUGCCAACGACGCGGGAUCGCCUUCCUCGCUGAUCACCUCAGACGACGGCCGACUCUCCUCUAGCCGCAGCAUACCCUGAGAACUCACUCGUCUCAACCGACUCUUGUGCGCCGUCCUGCCUCGUGCCUCUCUCGGCUCGUCCUCGCCUUUGGACAGGCUCCUCCGCACCCAGCUUUCUGAGCUCAGUUUAUUGCGCGCACUUCCCGCACUUGUCGUCGACCCCAGGGAACUUUUGCGGGAGUUCGGGCUCGGUCGUAAGGUUGUGGGCCCCAUGGAGUGCUUGCCGUCGGGUUUCAGGGUCAUUUGUUGCUGAUGGGUCAGCCCCGAGGGGCCCCGCGAGGUGGGGAUAGUAGGCGGCAGCGCAGCAUCGGUGACGCCGUCGACGUCGU